CCGAGAAAGUUUGUUACCAAAGAGAAAAACCUUGCUGGUGACCUUUCCGUAGCUCGAUCUGACACCCGUUUGCUUGUUUUCUAUGUAUCGUCAUAUCCUUUCCCAUUCCCUGUAGGACCAAUAUAGUAAUAUACAGUUCGGUAGACCUCUCAGUACCGGAUCUGUCUCCGCAAGUUGAGCCUCACAGUUUAAUCAGCCAGAGAUUCCGGUGUUUCUCCGAUUUGGGUUUCUUGGUGCAGGCAGACAGAAAGAUAUGCGAAGUAAGUUCAACGAGGAGUGAAAGGUUGAUCCUGAACAAUGCAAGGUUUCAAAGCGAAAUUUAGAGUAGCGACUCUUGUGGCUGUAGCCGUAUGGACUGGUCUAGCUGCUUUGUAUGGCUUGUUAAAACCUAUUUCGAAUGGUUGUAUUAUGACAUACAUGUAUCCAACAUAUAUUCCAAUUUCAUCUCUGGAAGGCGUAUCAUCAGAAAAGUAUGGAUUGUAUCUGUACCAUGAAGGAUGGAAAAAGAUAGAUUUUAAGGAGCACCUUAAGAAACUAAGUGGCAUUCCCGUCCUUUUUAUUCCGGGCAAUGGUGGUAGCUACAAACAGGUACGAUCCUUGGCAGCAGAAUCUGAUAGGGCAUAUCAAGGAGGGCCUUUGGAGCAUACAUUUUAUCAAGAAGCCUCCCUAACUCCUGAAGAGGGAGGGGUGGAUUUUGAUGUAGCUGGCUUUCAAUUGCCCAAUCGAUAUACUAGCAGGCUAGACUGGUUUGCCGUGGAUCUUGAAGGUGAACAUUCUGCAAUGGAUGGUGGAAUACUUGAAGAACAUACAGAAUAUGUUGUAAAUGCCAUUCACAGGAUUUUGGACCAGUACAGAGCAUCAUAUGAUGUUCGAGAAAAAGAAGGUGCUGCAACCUCAGGGAGUUUGCCAAAAAGUGUGUUAUUGGUUGGCCACUCUAUGGGUGGUUUUGUUGCUAGAGCUGCCAUCAUACAUCCUCGCUUGAGGAAGUCAGCAGUUGAAACUGUUCUCACACUUUCAAGCCCACACCAAUCACCUCCUGUGGCAUUGCAGCCUUCCUUGGGUCAUUACUUUGCAAGUGUAAAUCAACAAUGGAGAAAGGGAUAUGAGGUUGAAACCACUCGCACUGGACGUUUUGUGUCUGAUCCUGUACUCUCUCAUGUUGUUGUUGUUUCCAUUUCUGGCGGUUAUCAUGAUUAUCAGGUGCGAACAAAAUUAGAAUCCCUUGAUGGUAUUGUUCCUCCUACCAAUGGCUUUCUGAUCAGUAGUACUGGCAUGAAAAAUGUGUGGUUGUCAAUGGAACAUCAGGCUAUUCUGUGGUGUAAUCAGCUAGUUAUCCAAGUGUCGCACACUCUUCUGAGUUUGAUAGACUCCAGAACAGGCCAACCAUAUGCUAACGCUCAAAAGAGACUUGCGAUAUUCACAAGGAUGCUUCGUAGUGGCAUACCGCCUAGCUUCAAUUGGAAGAUGCAAUCACAAUUAGCAUCCCAGAAGCUGAAACAUGUUUCCAUGAAGGAUGUCAAACAUGCAGCUGCCGCUUGUCCCAGCAAUGUUCAUUGGACUGAUGAUGGCCUUGAGAGGGAUCUAUACAUUCAGACGACCACUGUCACUGUUUUAGCAAUGGAUGGUCGGAGGCGAUGGUUGGACAUCCAGAAACUGGGGUCUAAUGGGAAAAACCAUUUCAUAUUUGUGACAAACCUUGCUCCGUGUUCUGGGGUCAGACUUCAUAUGUGGCCAGAAAAAGGAACUUCAAAUUCAAACUUGCCUUUGAGUGGUAGGGUUGUUGAGGUGACAUUGAAAAUGGUGUCUAUUCCAUCAGGACCAGCACCAACACAGAUUGAACCUGGGAGUCAGACUGAGCAAGCUCCUCCAUCAGCUGUAUUUUGGUUGGGACCAGAGGAUCUGCAUGGGUUUAGAUUUCUAACCAUCUCAGUUGCACCUCGUCCGACUGUUUCAGGCAGACCUCCACCAGCAGCAUCCAUGGCAGUUGGGCAGUUCUUUAACCCCGAGGAAGGGAAGAUAGAGUUUCCUCCCUUAUCCAUGCUUCAAUCUUUUUAUUCUCAUAAGGAGACACUUGUGAAGGAGGAUCAUCCCCUUGCUCUCAAUCUAUCUUUUGCCCUUAGCUUAGGGCUUCUUCCUGUCACUCUAUCAUUGAAAACUGUUGGAUGUGGAAUUAAAAAUUCUGAGCUACCAGAUGAAGUGGCUGGAAAUGUAGAAAACGGUAGGCUUUGUAAACUGCGUUGUUUCCCGCCUGUUGCCCUUGUGUGGGAUGAUACAUCUGGACUUCACAUAUUUCCCAAUUUGUACAGUGAGACAAUUGUUGUCGAUUCCUCACCAGCACUUUGGGGUUCAACUCGGGAUUCUGAGAAAACUACUGUUUUGCUGUUGGUAGACCCACAUUGUUCAUACAGGACAAGCGUCACUGUCUCUGUCACUGCAGCUUCCAGCAGAUUUUUGCUCUUGUAUAGUCCACAGAUAAUUGGUUUCUCCAUUGCUGUAGUCUUUUUUGCUCUAAUGCGGCAAGCACGUUCCUGGGAUCUCGAUCUGCCUAUACCUUCGAUGCUAUUAGCUGUAGAAUCCAAUUUGAGAAUGCCAGUGCCAAUUUUUCUCCUUGCCAUUGUCCCAAUCUUGGUCUCCUUGUUGCUGACCUCUUUGAUGUCCCAACCAUUUCCUCCAUUUGCUAGCUUCAUCAUUGUCUCAGUGGUUUGUUACUUAUUUGCAAAUGGGUUCAUUAUCAUUCUGAUUUUGGUAACCCAAUCGGUCUUCUAUGUGGCUGCCAUUAUACAUAUUUUCAUUAAGACAAGGUGGGAGGUGUGGGAAGGAAAAGUCUGCUUUGGAUCUUUUCACCGGUUUAUUAAUCUCUUCUCCCGUUUUUCCUCGUUAAAGGUGGUAAGGGUUCUAAGAGUCAAUCCCUUACUUGUUACAGCACUCACUGCAGUUAUGUUGGCAUGCUUGGUUCACCCAGCACUAGGAUUAUUCGCACUCCUCAUAUUUCAUGCUUUGGGCUGUCACAAGAUGCUGUGCAGUUUUUUGACGGCUUCCUUUCGCAGCCAUGCAUGGAGAAAAGAAUUAUUUGGCUAUAAGAAUAAAGGCAAUGAUGGGUCUCGGCAAUUUACAUCCAAAUUUGACGAAAGAUCCAACCAGAGAUUGCCUUUGGAAGAGAACAGUUCCAAUAGACUAGACUCUCCAAAAAGUUUUGGGGACAAUCAAUUAGAGAUGUUCCAUCAUCGGCAUGGCAUGUUGAUUUUGCACCUUGUUGCAGCACUUAUGUUUGCUCCCUCACUUGUGGCUUGGUUGCAGAGAAUAGGGAUGGGCCAGAGCUUUCCAUGGUUCCUGGAUUCUGCUCUUUGCACUGGUGUCAUCCUUCAUGGUAUUUGCAAUUCAAAGCCUGAGUUCAAUUACUUCCUGUUCUCUUUUCCUGGCAUCCCAAGCAGGGAAGUGAGACUUGAUUUUGUCUACCUUGUUGCCGGAUACUAUUCCUAUCUCUCGGGAUUGGCCUUGGCUCCAUACAGAGCAAUUUAUGUCAUGGCCGCCAUUGGCUUCAUUUCUUUUGUUUUGAGGACUCUGCAGAGAAGAAACCGUGAAAAGGGUGAGGUUUCUUUUGGGAGCCGAAAGCAUUCACACCGACAUUGAGAGAGCUUUUCCAUUAUCAAGACUCCCAGGUCCCCUGAACAAUCAAUCAUAUAUUAUCUGCUGAUAUGCGUGAUUCAUCCACAAGAGUCAGGUGUAGUGGAAAUCAUUCCAAGAACCACAGUUUUGCUAGCAGAAUUCUCUCAUUCAAGUGACAUUAUUUACAGGUGAAAAGCUGUAAUGUUGGGAAGGAGCAAAACUUUAUACAGUUGUUGUAUCUCGGGCGUUUAUAGGAGGCUGGGUCCUUUUUUUUCAUGUGUUGGGGCCAUUUUGUGAUAUUUAAGUUCACAUUUUUUAGCAACUUGUCUGAAAAUCGACGGAGGAAAGCCGCUUGUCUCACCAUUGGGAGCAGAGUGUUGGCCUGCGAAGUGUGCUCUUAGCAGAGAAGAAUGGUUAUAGUUUGGGAUUGAUUGCAUGUUCAAAACAAGCCGGACGAUAAAUCCAAUUAAUGAAUUUUGAAUUUCUUCUA